AUGAUAGCUUGGGGCAAAGCGAUCCCGAUAUAUCACUGGAAUUCCCAUCCGAGCACCCACUCAUUCCUCUAGAAUAUCUAUUCGCAAUCCGGCUUAACUGUGCCCUCAUAUUUCCACCGACAACUAGACUUUGCUAUUAUACUAUCCACCUAUAUUCCCUCACCAGGUCCUAAUAUCUAAAUAGUCAGAUCAGCUUACCGGAGGUCUACGCCACCCGCAAGAGGCUUUGGCCCACAACCCUCUCAAUCAAGUAUUUCAGUCCCGGUUACCCAAGGGCCUAUCCCUAACGCCCUGUCGCCGAGGAUGGGCAUACUGGCACCAAGUAACCCACUAGUUUCUGGCUAGGCUGCACAAAAUCCUAUUAAUCCACAGGGUACACCCCCGAUUUUAGCUCAGCCGCCCGCCGCAAUGCCAACCAGUGCUGGGCCGGGUAAGGAAAUCUUGAUAGCAGUCAUGGGAGUUACAGGUAAAAACCAAGGGAUUCAAACUUUAUUAUUUACUGAAAUUUUGUAGGCGCUGGUAAAAGUUACUUUAUCCGGGAAGUAACCGGUAACUCUGGGGUCGAAGUGAGCAGUGGGCUUCACUCUUGUAAGUUAUUCCCGGGCAUUGAGGGUGGGCUCGUUAGCUGACGUCGGUAAGGUACUAGCAAGGUCGGAUCUUACUCUUUUGAGCACGCGGGCGCAAAGGUCACCCUAGUCGAUACUCCUGGCUUCAAUGAUACUACAAGAACCGAUAGCGAGGUGCUGACCGAGAUUUGUGAUUGGACCUCGGAAACCUUCAAGGAAAACCGACUUCUCUCCGGCAUUAUCUACCUACACAGCGUCACUAACGUCCGCAUGGACGGUUCCUCCGUGAAGAACCUCAGGAUGUUCCAGAAAUUGUGCGGUCGCGGUGCCCUCAGGAAUGUAUUCCUCACAACAACACAGUGGUCAAAGGUCACGGAUCAAGCAGAAGGGGAGAUUCGGGAACGGGCUCUCUGCGAAGAACGUAAUUUCUGGGGGCUUCUUAUAGAAAGGGGCGCUACUCUUCAGAGAUUUCAUGGCACUAGAGAAUCCGGAUUGAAGCUCAUCGACCAGUUGAUGUCGAAUCAACCGGAAGCACUGGAUAUCCAGGAUCAGAUAGUCACACAAAAGAGGACGAUAGUUGAGACUGAUGCGGGGCAAUUCAUUAACGCGGAAUUGAUUGCGCAAGAGAAGAAAUACAAGGAAGAAAUAGAAUCCCUUGAACGAGAGUGUCAGGCAGCCAUAAAAGAAAAGGACGAGGAAAUGAGGGAGUUGAUUGCGGAAGAGCGGGCAAGGGCUCAGAAGAAGCUUGAAAAAGCUGUAGAUGAGAAAAGACGGUUGGAAGAGAUGCAUGCCGAAGAGAUGAGGAGGAGGGACAUUGAAAAGCAGAGAGAUGAGGAGAGGAGGAAGGAGGAACAGAGGGAAACCCAGGAAAAACUUGAAAAGGCUGAAGCUGAAAAGAGAAGGAAAGAAGAGCAGCACGCUGAGGAAUUAAGGAAGCAAGAGGAGAGGGAAGAGAGAAGGAUAAGAGAAGAGCGGGAAAGAGCUGCAGCUGAGGCGAGGCGAUUGGAAGAGCUUCACGCUGUCCAGAUACGGGAGCAGCAGGAGAGGGAGGCCAGGAUAAGGAGUGAGGAGCAAGAAAAAUCUACAGCUGAUCUGAAGUUGACGACAGAGCUUCAUGCAGCCCAGAUGAGGGAGCAGCAAGAGAGAGAAGCGAGGAUAAGGAGUGAAGAGCAAGCAACGGCGGCAGCUGAGCGAGGUCGGUUGCAAUCUAUGAAUCAAAGCCUACUUGAGGAGAUCAGGAGGAAGGAAAAGAAGCGUGGGAUAGGCUUUAACAUUGGCCCUGUUGGAUUUGGGAUAGAUUUCUAGUGCUUUAUGGGAGGAUUGCAUUACCGAGAUUUAGGUACUGGGGAAUAACGGAGAGAGAAAUCAAAGGGGACAAAGGAACAUGCUGCCGGCACAAGGACACUCUAGAGAUUUUCUCAUUGGGGUUGCUUGAUUUUAGGAUUGAGGUGUCGCCAGGGUGCUGGUUAUAGGUCAGGUGUAUUACAAUCAGAGCGCUCAAGGGAAUCAGGGGGCGAGGAGGGUAUUACUAGCCCGAAUGGUGUAUGUGGUGCGAUUUUUUUUGAGCCUUUUCCCACUUUCUCUCUAUUAUUUAUAUUGAUGACUAUUUUUGUUUGUUCAUUCCGGAGACUUGUGGAUGUAUCUAAUUUUUAUUCCUUACUUUGGCUGGAAUAGGGGUGGGGUCAAUGCGAUGGGGUUCAUUAUAAGAAUAUUAUGAUGGGUUCUUUUUUUUUGCUCCUUUUAUUGAAUGCGCAUUUCCUACCCUAGAAGGAACGAGUGUUUUAUGUUAUGAUAUCAUAACAUGAAAAGAUCGAGAGGUUGGGUUCGUAAUAAUAUUGGCUGGUGAUUUGGGGUUUGUCUACUCUCAAGUGUGCCAUUGCGAUGAUUGGGUUCAACUCAUGAAUGGCAUCCAUUAGUGACUGCAAUAAUCUCCUUGAGCUAAAUC